GUGAGGCUUUCCCGGCGCUCGCUCGGACUCGAACGCGGCUGGGGGGCUGAGCCUGAGACCGCCCUGUACACGUGUCGGACUGUUUACCAACAGCUUACUGUCCAUUUAAAAUGGCUAACUCCAACUGGUCAGAACGAAUAGUCAGACUCCUCCGUCGAAUGAAUAACUUCUAUCUACCAGGCUCCUGUCGCGACAACGGCCUGAGGUUCGAGAUAGACGGGCUGCAGGUCGGCUGGAUCCCGCCUCACGUGGCCCCGCUGUUGACGCGGUACCCGGAGGUGUUCAGUCCGCCACACGGUGGCGCUGUGGCGCUGUGUCCGGGUCUGGACUCGUACGGGAGGAGGUCCGAGGCUGUGGACGCCGUGCUGCGCUCUCUCCGACGGGAGGGCUCCCUGACCUGCCUCCAGGGAUGGAGGGACGAGAAGUACAGUGUGAUGGCAAAAUUCUCAGACCCUCCUCUGAUGUGGAUGGAAAGAGCAGCUACAUGUCUGUUUGGGGUGAAACGGUAUGGAGUCCACAUCAACGGUUACACCGUCAGUGACAGUGGGGAAGUCAGCAUGUGGCUGGCACGACGCUCCCCAACUAAGCAGACGUACCCUGGACUGUUGGACAAUUUGGCAGCCGGCGGUUUGUCUGCAGGUCUUGGCAUCAAACACACACUGGUCAAAGAAUGUCAGGAGGAAGCGUGUAUCCCAGCAGCCAUCGCUGAGAAGGCUCGUCCUGUGACCACAAUAAGCUACACCUAUGAGGACGAAGAGGGGGUGUUUGCGGAGAGUCAGUUUGUCUACGAUUUGGAGCUUCCUCUCGAGUUCAAGCCCAGAGUAGGAGAUGGAGAGGUGCAAGAGUUCUACCUCCUGCCCAUGGACAAGGUGAAAGAGCUGCUGGUCACAGAUGACUUCAAACCCAACUGUGCCAUGGUGGCCCUGGACUUCCUCAUUAGACAUUCAUUUAUUGAGCCCGACUCAGAGCCAUGCUAUCAGGAGUUUGUGGCAGGACUCCAUCAGACAGUAUAGGGUGAAGCCGAGGACGAUGAUACCACGCGCUGUGUUAUAUUAUUUACACGUGUCCCAGCAAACGGCCUCGCAGCAGCCGAGCUAAGUGUUGUUGCAUGAGGAAUCGUCCAUCGAGAGCUGACUGAGCCUGGUAACUGGCGGCCAAACAGGGAGCUGAGCUGAGGGGAGGGUUCACGUGAUGACGAAUCUGGGACAAGACCACCCUGUCAUCAUGUAUAUGUACUGUACUGUGUUACAUGUGCUGCACCGCAGUCACCUGUACAGGUGUGACGAGUUAGUGGGUGAACCUUGUAAAACUCUGAAUAUAAACACUGUUAACACACUUCUGCACGGAUGGGACAGAUGUCUUGUUUUCAGUUAGAAUUUCAGAAAUUCAAUUUCAAAAAUGUAUUUUACCAGUUUUAAUUGUGUCCAUGUAUUAAUUGUCCAUUCGUCUCCUGUCGUACGAAUCCCCAUCUUUUCUACGUAGUCAAAACAGAAAACAAUAUACAUAUAUUGUGUGUGUGUGCGUGUGCGCAUAGUCAGUACAACAGACCAGCCUUUCUCCCCAAAGCACAGUGGACAAACUCCCUAUUCUGACCCUGCAAGUGGGUAAGAAAGAAAUACAAAAAUGUAAACGUUGGUUUCAUAAAAAAUAAGUUAUCAUUAAAUUUGAACAAACAAAAGAUCGUUAUUUUGAAAUUGUAAGAUAAACACAGAUCCUCAUCUAGAAAUUUAUCAUGUGAAAAUUGAAAGGGUGUAAGGAAUUAAGUUUUUGGGUGUCUUAAUUGACCAUAAAUCCUGCUGGGAAGGCUGGGGGAACACAUAUAAAAGCAACUUACAAAAGAUGCUCAUUAGGAUGAUCAAUAAUGCAGGGUAUCGCGAUCACACAAACCCCUUUUUUUGUGGACCUUGUUAAAUUCAAUACUGCACAAAUUGUGUUUAAAGUGAUAAAAAAAACCUUUGCCAGGAAACCUACAAAACAUGUUCCAGAACAGAGACGGGGGUUAUGACUUAAGAGGGAAUUUGAAUUUAUAACAACCUACAGUCCGAACUACUUCUCUUUUCUUUAAAAAAUAUAUAUAUAUAUGUAAUUUGAAGCUGUAAAGAUCGAAGGUGCACAAUCAGAUAAGCUUCUGCUUCUUUCUGUCCCUUCUUGAAACCAAAUAAUGUACGUACAAGGUUUAUGUUGACUGGAGAUUUAUAUCAUGGAAAAUAUUUCGUUUUUACUAUGUUGUAAUUGAUAUAUUUUGACUCAGUUUUAGAUAAAUAAAGAUCACAUUUAUGGUAAAUGGCCCAGAGCAAACUGACAUACGGGGUCGGUCAUUGUUCAACUAACUGGAAAUGUUUCUCAUCCAUCAGAGAUGUAUCCCCUCUUUUAAAAAAUGUAUUCAAUUAUUUACUUACUUGAAUUUCAGAGUUUCGAUUAAUGCCAUACUUCUUCUCUCUGGUUUGACUUUCAGUAUUUAAUUAUUCCAUCUUCAACAUUUCAUCUGUUUUUGUCUACCUACCCAUGGUAUUUCCUCAUUUCAAAUUCAUGAGAUUUACAUCAGCAUCUCAUCAAUUAUGCAUAAUUUUGUUAUUCUGUGCAUAACAGAGGGGGGGGGGUUGUUGUUAUUCUGUUAAGUAUAUUGUUGGUAUUUAAAGUGCUCUAUGAAUAAAGUCUGAUUGAUUAUUAGGAUUAAAA